AACUGAACGAUGAACCGAAUUAAGAUUUCAGCGCCACAGUGCGGCUAGAAAUGGCAAAUGAAAAACAUAGAAUAACAACAUAACCUCACAAAAUAGGUAAACAUUCGUGGUUUUCCUUCCACCACACAUUUUUUCGGCAAAAUUUUUCCAAUUUGUGAAAAUAAUGUGGAAACCACUGAGGAAUCUUCGGCAAUUGCAUAAAAUCUGCACAAGAACGUAUCUAUCGCAGGCAUAUCAGUGCAAUGAAGCAUGGAGUUCACGCCUAAAUAGCCCUAUCCUGGAAAAGAUAAACCUCGAGAGUUAUUUGUUUGAAUUGGAGCAAAAGCACCAGCAAACGGGGAAAUUUAGUGCUAUUGACAUUGAUAUUUGUUGCAAUAAAAUCCAGGAUGAGAGCUUUAUUGAGGAGAUUUUCGACAUCCUCCACAAACUACGUAUGUCCGAAGAAACUUCCAAUACGCUGGAUUCAACACAUCAUGCCAUUAUUCGGAACCUCACUGUCUUGGAGAAGUAUCAGGAAUUGGUGCUCAUUCUCAAUGAUCCACUCAACUAUGGCAUCUUCUUGGACACCUACUCAGCCAAUAUCCUCCUGGACACCCUGUUGGAAGCAAAGAAAUUCACAUUAGCCGCUCGUAUUGCAACAUUUCUCAUGCUCCAGGAGGAUUAUGGGAAUGCUAUCAGCAAAUCCCUAGCAAUACUUGCUUGCUGGAAGUACCUCGGUAGUCCGGAGCCUUUUGAGAAGCAAGCUGAGGAGGAAGUUACCCCCACUGAUGGAGAAGUUAAACCUAAGAAGAAACCAGAAGAAGUAAAAAUUCGCGUAAAGUACCUUCGGAAUCCCUACUUUGACGAUCAUUUUGACCUCAAGGAUCCACAGCAGUUGGUUGGCAAGACUCUUUACUACUUUGGCAUGCAUACGCCAGGUUCCUUAGGGAAGAGUGCUCAACUUCUGGGCUUAUCUCUCUAUGGGAAAUUCGAGGAGGGAAUUAGAUUGGUCAGUAGUUUGAAAAAUGGAGACAUUUUCACAGAUGUCCUCGAAAAAUCUCUAGAAGUACUGAAAGGUGUUGAAAAUUCAGAAGAUAAGCCCAGUUUGGGUGAAUUUGUGGCACUUCUUGAGGUCAAGAAGGGAAGUUUGAAGGCAGAAGGAACUUUUGAGGAAGCUGUACUGCAGAGCCUGUCUGCAGGAAUUAAAAGCUGUGAAAAGGAGGACAUUGCGAAACAAACACAGCUUUACGACGACUGGAUCAGGAUACGACAGGAAAAGCUAGAGGAAGAAUUGCUGCGGUUGCGUCGAGCUCAGACCGUGAAGGAAAUUGAGAAGAAGACCCUGGACAUGGAGGCUGAAGAGAGGAAGCUGUGGUUCUUUGAGAAUGAGGACAAGAUUGAUCUGCAGAUUGAGAGCAAGAAGGUCUAUUACCCCAAAAAAUGGUUUGGAAAGAAAAAGAAGCCACGUGCCCAGGACGAAGGCUACGUCCCGCCGGAGAUCACUGUCACCCGGAAUUGAGAGAUCAGCAUUUCGUAGUUAUCUUGUUUAUUAUUUUAGAAAAAAAAUAUUGCGAAAAUUUACACUAUUAAACAGUCGAGAAAAAAAACAAU